AUGAAUGAAGGUAAUGGAGGAGAUAAUGAAACAAGUACUAUGAAUCAUGAUGAAUUUGGAGAUGGUGGUGGAGAACAACAAGUGAAUCAACAAAUUAAACAAUGGUUUCAUGAAUUUUUAAGACACUCACUAAAUCAAACAAAUUUAAAUAUGUUUGUUCAUGAAUCAGGUAAAGAACCAUUAGGUGAAAGAUUACAAAUACAAUUUGCAGAUAUUCAUACAAAAAGUGAAAGUGAUGGAUCAUCUAUACCAUCAGCUAGAAGUGUAAUGGUUGAUUUUACAAAUGUAAUGAAUUAUGAUAUGGAUAUUGCAAUGUCAAUUCGUCAAGAAUUUUAUAGAUUUGAACCUUUUUUAACACAAUCUUUAAAUAUUGUUUAUAAAGAAUGGAUACAUUCAAAUAUUACAAGAAAAAUGAUUGAUAUUCAUCAAAUAGAUCAAUCUUCUUCACCACAUGAAAAUAAUUCUACAAUUCAAUUGAAAUUUGUUAAUUUACCUGAUAUGUUACAAAUUCGUCAAUUAAGAAGUGCACAUAUUGGACAAUUAAUAAGUUUAAGUGGAGUAGUGACAAGAUCAUCAGAAGUUAGACCAGAAUUAGUUGAAGGUAUAUUUCAUUGUGUAGAAUGUGGUACAGUUUCAGAUCCAAUACCACAACAAUUUAAAUAUACAGAACCAACAUCAUGUAUUAAUAAGACAUGUACCAAUACAAAAAGAUGGAGAUUAGAUAUGCAUAAUUCUAGAUUUGUAGAUUGGCAAAAACUUAAAGUACAAGAAAAUACACAUGAAAUACCAUCUGGUUCAAUGCCUAGAACAUUAGAUAUUAUAUUGAGAAAUGAUUGUGUUGAAUCUGCUAAAGCAGGUGAUCGUUGUUUAUUUACAGGUACUUUAUUAGCUGUACCUGAUGUUGGUAAAAUGUUUGGAGGUGCUCAAAGUCAACUCAUUAAUGCUAAUUCUAAAAAGAAGGGUGAUAUUGAAAAACAAGGUGUUAAGGGUAUUAAGGAAUUAGGUGUACGAGAAUUAACUUAUCGAUUAUUAUUUUUAGCUACCUCUGUUGAAACUAUUGAUCAUACAAAUAAUAAUAAUACAAAUAAUACAAAUAAUAACAAGUCAAUGGCAUCACAAAUGAUUAAUAGUAGUGCUUUAUCUAAUAGUAAUAAUAAUAAUAAUGGAAGUGUAGAUUUUGAAUCGAGUGAAGAAUUUAUGAAGAAAUGUACAGCUGAAGAACAUGAAAAGAUUCUAAAAAUGUCCAAAGAUGAAGAUAUCUAUGAAAAUCUAGCAAGUUCACUAUGUCCUAGUAUAUUUGGACAUAAAAAUAUUAAGAAGGGAAUAUUAUUAAUGUUAUUUGGUGGAGUACAUAAAGAAACAGAGGAAAAGAUUCAAAUUCGUGGUGAUAUUAAUAUAUGUAUAGUAGGUGAUCCUUCAACAGCUAAAUCUCAAUUUUUAAAAUUUGUAUCUCACUUGAUACCACGUGCAGUUUAUACAAGUGGUAAAGCAUCAAGUGCAGCUGGUUUAACUGCGUCGGUUGUUAAGGAUUCAGAGAGAGGUGAAUUUACAAUUGAAGCAGGUGCAUUAAUGUUAGCUGAUAAUGGUGUUUGUUGUAUUGAUGAAUUUGAUAAGAUGGAUGUUAAGGAUCAAGUUGCAAUUCAUGAAGCUAUGGAACAACAAACUAUUUCUAUAGCAAAGGCUGGUAUUAGAGCAACUUUAAAUGCACGUGCUUCUAUUCUAGCUGCUGCUAAUCCAAUUGGUGGUCGUUAUAAUCCUAGAAAAACAUUGAAAGCUAAUUUAGGUAUUACACCUGCUAUCAUGUCUCGUUUUGAUUUAUUCUUUGUUGUACAAGAUGAAUGUGAUGCUGAAAUUGAUAAAAAAAUAGCUGAACAUAUUGUAUCUGUACAUCAAAAUAAGGGUCAAUUGACUUGUAUUAGUAAUAUUAAUAUUAAUAUGAAUAAUAAUAUGAAUAGUAAUAUGAAUAAUAUGAAUCAAAUGAAUAAUCAAAUGAAUCAAAUGAAUAAUGGAAUGACACAAAUUGGAUCUAAUAUUGCACAAUAUUCUUCAGAAGAUAUAAAAUUAUAUUUACGUUAUUGUAGAAAUUGUAUACAUCCAAUAUUAACAACACAAGCACGUGAAGAAUUAACAAAACAAUAUAUUAAAUUGAGACAGAAUGAUAAAGUUGGUAGUAAUUCAUAUCGUAUCACUGUAAGACAAUUAGAAUCACUUAUUAGAUUAUCAGAAGCAUUAGCUAGACUUCAUUGUGAAAGUAGAGUUGAAAUUAAUCAUGUUCGUAGAGCUAUUGAACUUUUAAAAACAUCAAUUACAAAAGUAGCACAAUCAGAUAUUAUUCUAAGUAAUAGUGAUGGUAUUGAUGGUAUGAUGAUGAUGAAUGAAACUAUAAAUGGAGAAUUAAAAUCCAAUAUUCAAAAACAAAGAGAAAAGAAUCAACAAGAAUCAACAAGAGACUUGUUAAGAAAUUUAAAAAAUCAAAGAAGAAAGAUUGAAACAGCACUUAAUUUAGCAUUAGAUAGUCAAAAUGAACAAGAAUUAUUAUUGAAACAAAUUGAAGAACAAUCACAAUCAAUUAAAUAUAUUUCUGAAUAUGAACAAGAUCCAGAUGAAAGAGAUACACAAGAAGAACGUUUAUUAGAAUUAGAAAAGAAGAAAUCUCAAAUUAAGAAACGUUUAGAAGAAGCACGUCAACGUGUUGAUUUAUUAAGUGAUCAAUUAGAAAGAGAAAUUGAAAAAUCUCAACAAUUAGAAGAUGCAACUAUUAAUAGUAAUAAUAUGAUGGAUGACAAUGAUGAUAUGAUAGAUGAUAAUAAUAAUUCAUUACUAGAAAGACAAUAUAAUCAUCAUAGUACAUUGAAUGAAAU